GAUGUUUCUCCGCAGCCAUCGGUUCAAGAAAUUCAACACGGCGCCAUACAUGCAUUGGCGAUCCUGACUACCUCGUCAUGAAGGCCUGCUGUGCUAGGUACGCUGCAUCACUUGUAGCUCCAAGCACUGCCGCCAGAACAGCAAAUCUCUUUUCCAGACCUCGAGCUCCAAUCGUCUUCCAAGUUUUGGGCCGGCGCCCAAUGUCUUCCUCUCCGAUUCGGUAUGCCGAGAUGCCAAAGGAACUACCGGGAGACGACCCUGAUGAUGUUCUUUUCAACUCUCUAUACGGCGUCCGAACGAUCGAGUUGAAUCGACCGAAGAAGCUCAAUUCUCUCAAUGGCUCGAUGGUCCGGAAGAUCAUGCCACGUUUACGAGAGUGGGAAAAAUCACAGAUGGCAAACGUGAUCAUGAUCACUGGAGCUGGGCCUAAGGCAUUCUGCGCAGGUGGUGAUGUUGCGGAACUUGCACAGCAGAACAAAGACGGGCCGGAGGGCCAGAAAAAGUCGGCAGAUUAUUUCGCCCUCGAAUACCAGCUCGAUCACAUGAUUGCAACCUACAGCAAGCCAUAUGUCGCUGUCCUGGACGGAAUUACCAUGGGAGGUGGAGUUGGCUUGUCAGUACAUGCCCCUUUCCGAAUCGCAACAGAGAAGACCGUGUUCGCUAUGCCCGAGACCACCAUUGGCUUUUUCCCUGACGUUGGCGGGAGCUUCUUCCUCUCACGGUUAGACGGAGAAAUUGGCACAUAUCUUGCAUUGACUUCAGAAAGACUGCAUGGAGUUCAAGCUUUCUAUGCUGGAGUUGCAACGCACUAUGUGGACAGUUCUGUGCUGCCUCAAUUGACCACUAGGCUGGCGGAACUGGUGUUCAAAGACUAUGCCACUUUGACCGAGCGACUCCAACUCAUCAACUCAACCAUUGCCGAGUUCACCAACAAUCUGCCCUCCCCCGACGCAUACGAAGCCUCCAAACACGGAAACUUGAGCGGCAAACUGCGUGAAGCUAUUGAUCGAACGUUCAAGUACGACACGGUUGAAGAUAUCCUCAGUGCCCUUCGCAAGGAGAGUGAGUCUGGGGACGAGUAUCUCUCAGAAUGGGCCAGACAAACUGCAAAGACCAUCGCGUUGAGGUCUCCGACCAGUCUGAGAGUCACUCUGCGAGAGCUGAGAGAGGGCGCGAACUGGAACAUCAGUGAAGCAUUUAUUCGUGAGCACCGAAUGGCAGCCAAGUUCAUGGAACAUCCGGAUUUUGUUGAAGGUGUUUCGGCUCGUCUCAUUAAUAAGCCUCCCACAAAACCCGAAUGGAAGCCGGCCAAUUUGACAGAAGUAAGCAAUGAGGAUGUGGACGAGUUUUUCAAGAUGCCUCCUGGCUUCGAAGCCAUGACUCUCCUGGAGCCCCACGAGGGUGCCUUGGAUCAGCAAUUCACAGAUUAUCCUCAUGCGGUGUUUGCCCUCCCCAGAGAAUCAGACAUUGAAAAGGUGGUUAGAAGUUACGGUCGGCAAGGGGCGAAGGCGGUCAUAAACGAGGUCGCAAAGAAAUGGAACCACAAGGCAGGUGUUAGGGAGAAGGUCCAGGAAGUCAUUGCACGCAAGACCAGGACUGAUGGCGGAGGGAUAUCGUGGAAGGGUCAAACACCUAAUUUAUAGACGGUGUGAUGCACUGUCCUAGGUCCUUUUCAUGCCGAUUGUAGCACUAGAUCGUUCCUAUUUGAGAGAUAACAUAUUGCUGAAUAGCAGGCAACAACCCCCAAACUGUCAGACUGGU